AUGAAGAACCUCAUCACUUACACCCUUGCGGCUACGCUCGCCGCCGGUGCUACCGCCCAGCAUCACCAGCACCAGCACAUGCACGCUCGCCGUCAUGCUGGCUCCAAGGUCGAGAAGCGUGACCCUGAUGUUAUCACCGAGUACGUUGUCGCCGCCACCGAGACCGUUUAUGAGCUCGGCGGAGAGGAGAUCGACAUUCACGCCGCCAAGGCUGGUCUCGAUGGAGGUAGCCUCGUAAUUGUUGGCGAGUCCAACCCUACCUACGAUGCACCCGCAGCUCCUGCGACCAGUGCUGCUCAGCCUGCGAAGGUUUCUCAGCCCAAGAAGGAGGUGGGCGCUCAAUUCUACGAGUCUAAGACUGCCGCUGCUACUACCGCAGUGCCCAAGCCUGUCUACUCGGCCCCAGCCGCCACUCAAUCCAAGGCCUCCAAGCCUAAGUCUUCCAAGCCCAAGACCAGUGGCUCCAGCUCCAGCUACAGUGGCUCCAGCGGCGCUACUGGUGUUGACAAGACGUUUGAGAGCGGUACUAUCGACUGCAGCGAGUUCCCCUCGGAGUAUGGUGCUGUUGCCCUCGACUGGCUGAACCUUGGUGGCUGGUCUGGCAUUCAGUACUGCCCUGACUUCAGCUUCGCGUCCAAGCUGAUCUACCAGAUUGACACUGCCAUCUCUGGCGACGGUUGCAAGCCCGGUGCUAUGUGCUCCUACGCUUGCCCCGUUGGCUACCAGAAGACCCAGUGGCCCGCUGCUCAAGGUUCCGAGCGUGAGUCUAUUGGUGGACUCUACUGCAACAAGGACGGCAAGCUCGAACUGACCCGUGACGGUUACGACACUCUUUGCGAACCUGGUGUCGGUGGUGUCACUAUUCAAAACGACCUCGACGAGCAGGUUGUGACUUGCCGAACUGACUACCCCGGAACUGAGAACAUGGUUGUCCCUGCUGUCGCUGAGCCUGGUAGCAGCGUCGCUGUCUGCAACCCCAAUCAGGACAAGUACUACGUCUGGGACGGUGUAGGCACCUCAGCCCAGUACUACGUCAACAAGAAGGGUUACACUGUCGAGGAGGCUUGUGUUUGGGACAGCUCCAAGGGCAAGGAUGCCGGUAACUGGGCACCAGUUGUUCUCGGUGUUGGCAUGAAGAACGGCAUGACCUUCGUCUCCAUUUUCCAGAACUCGCCAACCAGCACUGCCCUCCUUGACUUCAACAUUGAGAUCAAGGGUGGCAACAAGAAAUGCUCCUACGUCAACGGCCAGUGGAGCGAGGGAACUGGCUGCACCACUGCUGCUGCCGAGGGCCAGAAGAUUACUGUCCGAUACUAUUAA